AUGUCCCUCCGAUCGUUGAGGGACAAUCUCUACUCCCUUACAGGUUUAUCCUCAAUUGACUCCUCAUCUUCUCCUUCGGCAGUCAAUAUGGAUAUAGAUUCAGAAUCGGUUUGGGUUCCAAGUGGAGGUGGAGUUUGGUCAGAUGGUAAUGGUAACGGUAAUGGUUAUGGGUUAUUCGGUUGGAGGUAUCUGUUAUCUGGUCUAGGUUUAGGUUUUAAUCAAUCUCAUCAUCAUCAUCAUUAUGGAGAUGUCACAGAUUGGAAAAACUUGUUCUUCUGGUUAGCUGUCUUUGCUAUCUUCAUCCUCUUCGCCGUCAUAACGAAUCCCACCGAAUCGUCUUUCCGAGCUCAUCUCACAGAGCUCUCCUUCAGAAGACAUUUGGCGGAUAUAAGACGAUCCGAGACGGAUGAAACAACUCAACUUUCAGAUGAACAAGCACAAUUACCUUCAUCUUCAUCUUCUCUUUCUGCUCAUGCUACACCAGACAGGAGAAGUGCAGCAUCUGGAACUGGGAUAGAUACACCGACCCACAAUCACACGCAUACUAUCGCACCUUUUCGUUUUGCCAAUCAUGUUGCCAUCUCACUUCGAACCCCAACAUUACUGUAUCGUUCAUUUCUGAUCUGCUCAAUAACCAUAACGUCACCUCUUUCCCCGCCGGCUUUUCUAUCUGAUCCAACUCCGCCUCAUCUAUCAAAAGGAAAACAGGCUUCUCACAUCAUCAAAGAAAGACAUGUAAUUUGGUUCGGAUGUAUGGGCCAUUGGUCACUGAUAGGUUUUGUACCGUCCAGUGUAGAAUGGGCUUGGAAAUUCCUAAAAAGGAGUGAAAGGGAAAAGGGAAAGAAAAGAAACCUCGAUAAAGCCGGUGUGAUAGAAAUGCGAGCGGUUCAAAACAAGGAAGACUCAUUGCCAAGUUCCAAAGCUGUUGUCGGUCACGCAAUAUCGGGAUCUAGAAAUAUGCGAAGGUCCGAUUCUAGCUCGAAUCUCACCGACGCCUUUUCUUUGCAUCCUCAUCCUGCUCAAAUAGCCAAUAGUCCACUUGCUCCCGAAUCUCGUCGACCGUCAUUAGUCAAUCUUAUCGGAUCCCCUCCCUCUGUCCUACCUGCAGACUCUCCCGAAAUUGCCAAUUCACCUAUCGUCUCCGCCCUUAAGGCCGAACUCGCUGCCGCACAGACUGUUCUAACGGAUCUUCAAGCACAGCUUACUGCUCAUGAACAACUCGUGUUUGACGCUCAUGCUCAUCUACAGAAGAACUUAGAUGAGGUACGGAAUCGUCGAAAGGAGGAUGAUGCUGAGCGGCAAGAAUUGAAAUCACGAACUAAGAGUCUGGAAGAACAGAAACGACAAGCUGAGGCUGCUCGUCGUGAUGCGGAGAAAAAGUAUAAAGCGGUGGAAAGUGUGAGAGAUGGUUUACAAUCCAAAAUAUCGGCAGCAGAAGGUGAAAUUAGGGAAUUGAAGGGUAAUAUGGAAAAUAGUGAAAGGAGUGUAAGAGUAAUACAAGAAGAAGGAGCGAAACAUGUUGUCAUGACUCAAGUUGCUGUCGAAGAACGUAAAAAAGAAAUGGAGAUUGUAGAGAGUGAGAUAGGUGAAAUAGAAAAUAGGAAUGAAGGAUUGGGUCAACUGAUCAAAGAAGCUGAAGAAAGAUUGAGAGCCAUCAUUGAGACUGGUGAAACUGCGAGGAAAAUUGGUCCAGAAGAAGAAAUGAUGAUGAUGGCUGCUGCAUAUGAAGCUGCGGCCCAGGAAGGAUACCUUCAUGGUGGAUAUCAACAAUCCCACACUACUCCCGGACCACCUGGACCUCCAACUGGUGGACGAGGAGUUCAACAGGAUCAAUGGCAAAGUCAAGCUGCAGCUUACAUGGCUGAAGCUGGAAUGCCUCAUCUGGGAUAUGAAUAUACCGCUCGACCCGCUCAUUCGAAUUCUACUGGUUUUGGUCAUCUUUCAAAACAUCCCAAUUCGGCUUCAACAAGGGAUUUGGAAGGUUUACGUCGCCCAGACAUAUCCGGAUUUGAGGAUUUUGGGCCUGGAGCUGCAUUACAUGCAAAUCAGCCUCAGCCUUCUAACAGGUCUACAACACCUCCAAGCGACUCUGAAUCCGAUAUCUAUGGUCAUGAACCUGGUUCCCCUUACGGAGGCAUCUCAUCGUCAUUCAGUGCUAACUUGCUUCCGCAAGGUCUGUUCCGCUCACUUGAAGGUGAUCAAACUCCUCUGGUGACCGGAGACGAGGAUUUGCCUGAAACUUUCGAUGAUCCACUUUCGUUUGAUCUCGAUGAACGUAGUCCGGUAUUCAAGAUGGCAAAAGAAGCAGAGGGGAACGCAGAUGAUUCGGCUAGUGAUUCAGACGAUGUUGAUGAUGAUGACGAUGAAGAAGAGGAAGAUGAGGAUGAUUGGAAAUCACCUUUACCUGAACCUAAACAAUUGAAAGAAACAAAAGAGAAUUCUUACAAAAGGUCAAGUUCAAGUUCUUCAUCGAGGUUGCCACCACCAUCUUCAUCAUCAUCGAUUUCAAUGACAGGUCAAACAACUGCCAAUAAUUUACAUUCAACAAAUUCACCACCUGCUAUACCUGGAUUACCUGCCUUACCCGGAUCCAGAAGAUGGUUUUCGGGAACUGUUUCAACAGAUAACAUACCUUCUACAUUCGGUGGAUUCAUGCAUUCUACCACGUCAAACGAUUCAUUAAAUUUACCAGGAUACGACUCUUCUCCAUUCGCACCUACCUCAAGUGAGAAAAAGGCUUUGGCAAGCGCGAAAUGGCAGCCUUUUGGUAAAAGAUGGCCUGGAUUUAAUGAUGAUUCGACAACGAAUGGAUGGCCAGAACAAAAUUCACCUGCAACCUCGAACGGCAAUGGAAACAAAACAAAAGAUGAAGAUGAUAAAGGGGAAAAGAAACCAUAUAGAUUCUUCUCUUUGAGAGGCAAACCUUCAACUGGUGGUACAUCACCUUAG